CAUGUGUAUACUGUAAAUCAACCCUUACCUGGAGCUACGCGUUCAUGGCUACCGUGCUUUGACCGAAUCUCUGACCGAUGCACCUGGGAUAUGGAGUUUAUUGUGCCACAAAGGAUGGCUACAACGAUACCUGGAGAAGCAGAUGCAAAAGACAGCAUGCAGUUGGAGGAUGAAGAGGAUACUGUUGUUGUUUGCAGUGGUGAAGUGGUUGAGCAGGUUAUUCUUCCAGAAGACUCGCUCAAAAAAAUUGUUCAUUACAGUCUGUCGGUGCCAACAUCCGCUCCAUACAUUGGUUUCGCCAUUGGUCCGUUUGAGAUGAUUAAACUGACACCGGCUCAGCUGCAGGAGGAGCUGUUGACAGCUGACUUGGACGAUGAGCAGCAGCAGUGCCUGAUGGCAGAGAUCGACAUGAUGUGUAACAUUUUCGCGUUUGCGCUACCGGGCCAUUUGGAUGAUUUGAAUAUGACUUGCAGCUUUAUAAUGCAUGCAAUGCAUUUCUACAACAAUGAUUACAGCUCCUAUCCAUUCACAGACUACAAAAUCGUCUUUGUUGAGGAUGCAUGGUGCGAUACAGCAACAAGUGCUUCAUUGACCGUCUGCAGCUCCCAUCUUUUACACUCGCCUGACAUCAUCGACCAAACCUACCAUACCCGCUGGGCGCUCAGUGUCGCACUAGCAAAACAAUGGUUUGGCGUACACAUAUCACCCAAGGCGUGGCCUGACAUCUGGCUCAUGUGCGGUCUUGCUAACUACAUGGCAUCCUUAUUCAUCAAACGCCAUCUUGGCAACAACGAAUAUCGAUUACGCAUGAAAAGAGAUAUCGAUCUAUGCUGCAGUUUGGACGUCAAUCGAGCACCACUGUACAACCAAGCAUUACCAUUCCCACUGGAUCCUGAAGAUCUCGACUUCAUCGAUCUCAAAGCACCGCUAGUCGUAUACAUGCUCGACAAACGCAUGUGUAAAGGUGGCAAUAAUCUCGGGCUCGCGCGUGUCCUUCGUAAAAUUUUGCUAUCAGCCAUGAGCGGUGAAUUUGCUCAAAACGCCAUCAGCACGCAUCAUUUCUUGAAGCUGUGUCGCAAAGUGAGCGGUUACGACACACGGUUGUUUGCAGAACAGUGGAUCUAUAAGAGCGGAUGUCCGAAAUUCAUAUUCGACUUUCAUUUUAAUCGGAAGCGGAUGGUUGUCGAGUUUAUCAUGCAUCAAGAAAACACCAAUGCUCAAGCUGGAGGUGGUGGUACCACGAACAACAAUCAGAAUAGCAGCGGCAACAACAACAAUAACGAUGGCAACAAUCAACAAGUGCCUAUCGAUUAUCUCGUGACACCAAGAUUUACAGGAAGUUUAACCGCACGUAUCCAUGAAGCCGACGGUACGCCCUACGAACACAUCCUCGACAUUACUGACCUUGCCCACAAAUUUGAAGUUCAAUUCAAUACCAAGUACAAACGUAUUAGACGCAACACCAAACGGUUUCUGGCCAAACAAGCAGCGGCCGCUGCAGCUGUGGCUGAAGAAGACAUCGAAAACGACGAAGAAGCAGCGUUGGCUAACACAGGCAGCCUGGGGAUCAUACCGAUGUUCGGUCUCGGCAUGGCUGUGUUUGAGGAUGAACAGCAAAAGAAGGACUGGAGGAUUGCAGAGUGGGGUCAAGAUGCAGAAAGCGACAAGAAUAGUGGUGCAGCGAGCGCGACAUUUGAUUGGAUUCGAUUGGAUGCCGAGUUCGAGUGGCUGUGUCAAUUGGAAUUCAAGCAGCCAGAUUUCAUGUGGGCUGCGCAAUUGACAAAGGACCGGGAUGUGGUGGCCCAAUAUGAGGCUGUGAGUGCAUUGAAGAGGAUGGCUUCGCUGCAAACUUCAACAAGUCUUUUGCGAGCGCUCUUGGAUCCAAAGUGUUUCUAUAAGAUUCGAAUGGAAGCAGCCUAUGCGCUCUCUUCGUGUGCAAAACCCGAAUUGCAUUGGGUUGGGUUACUCCAGCUGAAUAAGAUGUUCCAAAGACGCUUCUGCUUCCCGCUACCCCCUUCAUACAUGGACAUUGACGACGACAACAAACAUCAUCACCUUCCUAUCACACGCGUCAUCCCUAAACCUAAUGAUUUCUCAAACUUGGGCGACUACUUCUUACAAAAGGCCGCGGUCGUUGCGUUUUCACAAGUUCGAGACGAAACUGGCCAUGUCCCUAUCAAAGUCCGUCAAUUCAUUCUGGAUCUUUUAAAAUAUAACGAUAAUACCGGAAAUGAAUUUUCCGACAAUUAUUACGUUUCUACUCUGAUUUCUGCACUUGGCGAUGCACUUAUACCAUCAUCCGAUCCUUCAGUCGUUGGACCACGAGAAGGUGAACCACGUAGCCCCGAAGAUGAACAGUUGCUGGAAGCUGCCAAAGCAGAAAUCGAACGUUUCCGUACACUCGACUAUGUCGUUCCUUCAUACCACAAUGUCGUUACUAUCAGCUGCUUACAGACUAUCACUAAAUUGAUGUUGAAUGGACUGAUGGCUGUGGACCCUUCAUUAUUUUUGUACUAUACAAGAUAUGGCAAUUAUGUUGGUGUGCGAUGCGCAGCCUUUGAUAGUCUCAUGAUCCUAUGGGGAUUGACAAACAACGACCUUGUACGAUACUAUUUCAAUGUCAUCAAAUCCGAUCCAUCUGCAAGUGUAUCGCACUACAUAGCACGAUCCAUGCUUGCCUGGCUUGGUUUGGCCAUGAAAGAGAAGAUUGAGGCAACACAAAACAACAGCAAGCAAGUGGUCGAGGAAUUUGCGGAAGAAGAAGGUCGUGCCAAUGUUGCUGUUGUUGAGAACGAACAAGCUCGAUUGCAAAAUAUGGCUCAGCAACAACAACUUGAAGAAGGCAUUGAGGGUUUGCGAAAACGUUUUGAAGACAACAGUGAAUUGCAAAAAUCCAUGUGGGAGAUGCUUACAUCUGCGGAAAAUUUGUCAGAAUUGGACCACUGCACACGAAAAUACUUGCUACAACUUUGUGAAUACAUGUACAAGCCAAUUGAUUCUGGUUUGAAGGUCACCAUUCGCAUGCCUCCUACACAGAUACAGGAAGAAAUAUUAGAAGAACCUGAAGAAAGUCCUGCAGAAAAACCUGCAGAAAAACCGCCUACGCUACUUCUCAUUAGUGUACCCAAACCACCGCCGCCGCCACCUGAAGAGCAAACAGUUGAAGAGCCAAAGACACCAAAGAAACCAAAGAAGCAGAUGGUGCGCAUCAAAACACAACCUACCAAAGUCAUCCCAGUCUCACCACCGCCCUCAUCUACCACAUCACCCGAACCGACUCGACCCAGUAUCAAAACUCCUUACCCACCAGAACCUACAGAAAUGCCAGCCGGCCAAGCGAAAGAUUGCCGACGCAUCUUGGGCAAACUACAAAAGAAUCGUGCAGCUCUCUUAUUUGUACAGCCAGUAGAUGAAGCCCUUGACGGUGCUCCUGAUUACUACAAGAUCAUCAAGGAACCGAUGGAUCUUGGUACCGUGAAGGCUAAACUAGAUCGAAAGAUUUACACGUCGUUCGACGAGUUUGAAAAGGACAUUCGACUCAUUUUCAACAACUGCUACACAUACAACCGACAUGGAACGUAUGUCUACAAUGAAGGCCAGACGUUGGAAUCCGUUUUUGAUGAUGAGUUGCGGAAAUUGCGUGGUGUGGAAGAAAUGCAAAACAUGACGAUCGUGGAGGCCCCAGCAAGUUCUGCCGCUAUCGGUGAUGACGAUGACCUGUCAACGCCAACAACGGCAGCACAAACGCCAAUGGACAAUACGUUGACGCCCAACACAGACGAUACCCUUGUGGAAAAGACAGACCUGGAGAAGUGUGCUGCGAUCCUCUCCCACAUCAUGGAAAACCAACAUGCAUUUGAAUUCUUACGACCUGUCGAUCCAGUCAAACAAAACAUCCCGCAUUAUUUCCAAGUAAUCAAGAACCCCAUGGAUCUCGGCACCGUCAAGGCCAAGCUGAGCAACAACGAAUAUGACGACCCGCGUCAAUUUGACAGCGACGUCCGACUCAUGUUUAGCAACUGCUAUUCGUUCAAUCCACUCGGUACUUAUGUGUUCAAUGAAGGCCAGCAGCUUGAGCAGGAGUACAAGGCGGAAUGGCGACAAUGGUUUGGCGAGAAACGGAAAGCUGAGGAGGACGCGUUGGGUACCCCUCCCAUGACUGAACCUCGGUUGGAACAUGCUGCCCAUGUCCAUGAUCGUACGGUGAACGGUCAUCAUGAUGUUCAAGACGAAGGUGUGCUUCACCAACAAGCUGAAGUAGCAGGAGCAACACCGACAGAAGAAGACACUGUGCCACCGCAAGGAGAAGCAGAUGUAGCACAACAUCCACCAUCCCGACCACACAAAGAGAGAAAAGCAGAAAUGGAUCGCAGUAAUCGGAAACGAUGUGGACGUAUCUUGGAGAAACUUGUGGCACAUGCUAGCUCUGAAGCUUUCCGGCUACCAGUGGAUCCCAAUGCAUUACCUCAGUAUUAUCAAGACAUCAAGCGGCCCAUGGAUCUCUCUACGAUCCAAUCCAAGCUCGACUCCGAACAAUACGCAACGACUAGCGACUUUGUUCGAGAUAUCCGCCAAAUCGUGUACAACUGCUUGCAGUUCAACGGCGCCGAAUCCCACUAUUCCCAACAAGCAAAAACGUUCGAAGGCUACUUUAACGAGCUUUGGGCCAAGAAAUACGGUGUUCCAGACCGGUUGGAAGGGGAGAAUGUUGAAUUGGCACGCAAAGUCAUUAACAAAUUGCGAUCCCACAACGCAGCCAUGAUAUUUAACACGCCAGUGGAUACGGAAACGUUCACGGACUAUCUGAGCAUUGUCAACCAACCGAUGGAUCUGCAAACCAUCUCUGAAAAACUCGAGUCGGGCCAAUACGACAGUUUGCAACAGAUCGAUGAUGAUUUGCAUCUCAUGUUCAACAACUGCUAUACCUACAACGCUCCCAUUACUUUUGCGCACCAACUGGGCAAAAAGUUGGAAAAGUACUACACAAACACGGCGGGUCGUGAGGUCAAGCAUCGAAUUGUGGCACAGGCCAACGGUGAAGAAGCCAUCCCUUUACCACCUCCACAAUCCACCAAACCGAAAAGCAAGAAGAAAAAGCGAUCUUAAUUACUCAAAAUACACACACAAACAUCACCCAUCAUCGUAUAAACACCCAU